GUCAUAGACGGGCCGCAUUCCGGGUUCUCCGGGGAGAUCAAGCACCUGUACAGGAAUUUCGCGUUUCUACAUUCGGUCGAAUUCCUGCAAAACGGCGGCAUCUUCGUCUGCAAAACCAAACACCUGCAGCUGGCGGGCGGGAACAAGACCGUCCCCAGCGCCGACAUAUCCACCGGGAUGGAGUUCAUGUCGCCCAGGAGGGCGUCGCCGAUGCACCCGUCCAGUGGCGGUGGUGGAGUUGUCGGCGGCUUUGGAGGCGGCGGUGGUGGAGGAAGAGGGGGCGGGGCAGGCCGGGGAAGGGUCGCCCGUGACAGGGACAUCAUCGGCACCACCAUCAAGAUCACCCGAGGCCCGUACAAGGGCAAUAUUGGUAUCGUGAAGGACGCUACACAAUCCACCGCCAGGAUAGAGCUUCACACGUCCUGUCAGACGAUAUCGGUGGACCGUAACCAUAUCGCGGAUGUUGGCACUCCCGCGAAGGACGGAAGCGCCUCCAGCUACGGAAGGACCCCGGCGUACGCGGGCAACCAAACGCCCCUGUACCGAGACACCGGAAACAAAACGCCCAUGUGCGAUUCCGGCUCGCGUACUCCCUUGCAUUACGGUUCGAUGACGCCCAUCCACGACGGCUCCAGGACCCCCAACGCCAGUUCCGAGUGGGAUCCCGCUGUUUCUAACACCUACCCGUCGCCCGGAUACAAUCCAAGUACUCCCGGUUUCCAGAUGAACGGCCCGUACACCCCUCAGACUCCCGGAACGAUGUACGACACGACCUACAGUCCCUACCAGGCCAGUCCUGGGUACCAGAGCGUCGUUUCAACGCCUAGUCCCGCCACGGGGUAUGGGCAGUCGCCCUCCAGUAAUAACCCGUACAACACGCCCAGCUCCGGGUACAGCCCCAACAUGCCGUACAACCCACAGACUCCCGGCGCCAAUUUGGACGUGUUGCCGAUGACCGACUGGCAUACCGUUGAUAUUGAG